CGGGUAUGCUGUGAUUUGGGCAUCCAAUAAUUGCGUUCAAUCCUCCCACUUGUACGAAGAGUGUUUUAGACGCAUGCAAGACAUCAUGCGACUGACUCUUACAAUAUUUCUUCGCCCUUUGAUACGCACAAAAUAUUUGAUCAGUACCUGUAGCACCUAGCCUCUAGGCGUGAUUGCCCAAGCAAACGGUCUUUUGUUGACUCUUGUAACCCCUGGACGGCUGCAAGUUAGCAAACAGAUAGCCGAGUUGCACCAAGAGCAGAAUCCAAUCACUGAGAUCCAGCACCUUCUUUGUGCUCGCUGGCGAUCGAUCUUGGUCAUGAUUAUCGCAAAUUAUCUUCCGAUUCAGGUUUGUUUUUUUCUCCUCUUCAGCUGUCCAGCUACAUACCCUUGUUUGGCGUCUCGCAUGGCGUAGUCAUCGGGGUUGUCCGAGUCAGACAGGUCCAUGGGGACGAGAUACAAGCCAGCUUGCCAAGUGGGCGUCGACCAAUGCAAGAAAACGCAAGCACCGAUCCAGUAACCCCACACCGAAGACCUUGCAACGGUGGAGAGGGGCGCAGCGGGCUAAUUUUGCACGGUGCUCCUGGUGACCCUUAUCGUUGCCGGCGCCGAGAGAAAGCAACCAAUUCUGAGGCCACCCCCGGUUGAUUUAAUAGAAGCAAAGCGGAUCUCGUCGCGAGCUUCGCGCGGCGGCUGCUGGCUGAGGUUUUCGUUUUGGUCUUGGUUUCUCUGGACCUUGAUGGGACCUGGGUGUCUAUUUUUUUUCCACACAGUCGCAGACAUAGCGUCUUAGACAAUGCUUAGAGUCUCGUGUACGUCUUGUCCUUGACACAGGUAGUCGUGUCGCAGAUCUGAAUAAGGCGUUUGGGGUUUCUCAAUUUUUGUUGCCAACUCUCCAUUUUUCACCUCCUUCCGCUUUCCCCCCCUCGCGCAUUGAAUGUGUGUCGAUGCGGUGAUUCUUCAGCCGGCUUUUUCUCCCUGCAGAGGGCUUUGACCCGAGGCGGCGCAGGUGCUAAAAAGAUGGUGUCAAGACUGUUCCGCCCUUUCCAGGGCAGCAGCCGAUGCGACGACGACGAGGAUGAGAGGGAGCCUCUGACAAGUCCAGGCAGUCGCCAAUACUUGAGACCGCCUGUCCGACAUGCCGUAGCUGACUUUACAGAGGCCGACGACGACGAUGACGAAGAAGAUGAAGAUGAAGAAGAUUCUCGCAAUGAAGACCAUGGACGCACACGUAAUGAAGAGCAAGAAAACGAAGAUGGUUUUGUUCCCCGACGUGAUCUACUGCCUUUGUUUGCUGCCUCCCAUUUAGAUUCGUUGCCCAUAUACAGCAUAACACAUGCCGUUCGAAUCAUAGUGCAAGCGCGAACCGAGACCACGCUCACCUGGGAGCAGCUGAGAUCACCCCAGGUGUCUCAAUUCCUCCUGAAGCCCAUGCAGAUCCAAAUACGAACCCAACAUUUCUCGAGAGCAACUCUGUAUGCGCUGAUGGCCAACUGUCUCAACUUCCAAAAGGAGGCGGUGCUCUCUCCAGGCAACGCCGGGGCAAACAAUACCAGGGCGAAGGUGUGCGAGCUGUUGGCCAUCAAGCUUUUGAAGGAAUAUUCCACCCGCGAGCUUAUUGAUGCCCUCUCAUACGACUUUUAUCCACUGCAGGGUCUGCCGGGAGUGCAGACACCGGCUGGCAAUCCGGGCAGGCCCAAGAUGGCGGCAGCCAGAACAUCGACGCUCGAGGUCGCGAUCCGGGCCUCGGCAAAACACUUGCUUGCGCAUCCACUUGUCGUGCAGCAGCUUGAAGCUAUCUGGAACGGUGCAAUAGUAUUUUACUCGGCUGCGGAUAGCCUCCAUCGAGCCAGUCUGUCACGGCAACGCAGCGAGGGCCGACAUAGGGACCAGCCUGAUGCCAGGACUCCUCUCCUGGAUGCCCAACACCGUAGCAAAUGGAACCAGCCCCAGUCUCCACCUCUAGAUGGGCUCGUUGGCGGCCACCGUACCGUGUCCCUGUACAACCCGAGGAAUGCAUCAUUGUUCAAGCUCUCUCGACUUCGUGUCCCGCGGUACAGACAUUUCUUGUCUACCCUCUCUCUGGCGGUGCUCAUCGGCCUCUUCCUGGCUGUCUUGAACCAGCGAGCGACCCGCAUCUCAAGCUUGGAGCUUAUAUUUUGGUUCUGGAGCGCAGGUUUUAUGCUUGAUGAGCUCGUGGGAUUCAACGAGCAGGGCUUUUCGCUCUACAUCAUGAGCUUUUGGAACAUAUUCGACCUGGGAAUCCUCCUCAUGCUCAUCUUGUACUAUGUUCUACGACUUUACAGCGUUUUCUCUGUUGAUGCGACGAGACUAAACGACCUCGCAUACGAUGUCCUUGCCGCCAACGGGAUUUUGCUACUUCCCAGGAUCUUCAGCGUAUUGGAUCACUACCAGUACUUCUCGCAACUUUUGAUAGCCUUCCGGCUCAUGGCUUUGGACUUGGCAGCAGUUUUGGUCCUUGUGUUGAUUUGUUGCAGUGGCUUUUUCGUCUUCUUUACCAUGUCUAAGAGCAAUGGUGAUAAGGCCGAUAUUGCCUACAGGAUCUUCCAAAUCUUGAUGGGCUUCACUCCAGCUGCUUGGGAUGUUUGGCCACAUUAUGAUGUGCUCGGAAAGAUGGUUAUAGGGCUCUUUCUGACAAUCUGUCACUUUGUAGUUGUAACAAUAUUAAUCACGGUCUUGACCAAUUCAUUCAUGACGAUAGCAUCGAACGCCAGGGAAGAGCAUCAGUUUUUGUUUGCCAUUAAUACGAUAUCCAUGGUCAAGAAUGACGCGUUGUUCUCUUACAUUGCCCCCGGCAAUAUUCUUGCUUGGCUGCUCACGCCGCUGAGAUUCAUCUUGCCUCUUCGGCAAUUCGUGUAUCUCAACCGAUUCGUCAUCAAGUUGACGCACUUUCCGUUGCUCUUCUGCAUAUACCUUUAUGAGCGUUUCUUCUUGGCUCCUUCAAUGUAUGCCCCCACAGAUCUGGUGGAAAAUCCAGGUCGGGGUCAGCAGCGGGCCAUGUCACUUGCAGAUCCCGCAGGGAGGGGCGCACUUUUCAGCCCAAACGUGCGGGUUCGCGAAGAGUCCGUCGUUGGAUACCAGAAGGAUCACGCCUUGGAAGAGGUUUUCCGCAGAGCACCGGGUCUCACGACACUGCGGACACAGAGGAGAAACGAACGGAGACAGACGCAAACCGCGAUCAGGCACUGGAUGGAUCAGAACGAGGGCUAUUCAGAAUCGCCCCAGGUAGGGAACCUUUCAGCAAUGGGGAGCAAUUUCGGCGGACCAGAGUGGCAACGAAGAAUCAGUCUCGUCAGGGAUCGUCCACGGAGGUUCCCGAACAUGCCAGACGUUCGGUCUGUCGCUAGCGAUCCGGCGGACCUUAUAUCAAACGCCCCUUACCCGAGUUUCGUCAAUCCUCGAUAUGAUGUCAGGUCCAGGUUCGCAAGAGCCGAGGCUGAGAUUAAAGACAACACAGACGCUGAAGGCGAUGGCGACGACGAACUUGUCACCAACGAUGACGAAGACGAAGACGACAAGGCGACAAACACGGCCGACCCGGUGCGAGCUGCUUCAUCCGAGGUAUUUGACGAGGACUAUUUCACGACGCCAGUUACGGCACGUUUCGGGGUUCUGGCAGGAAGCUCCCCAGAAUCACACCGUGAACGCGGACCGAUCUCUCCCAGACCCCGCAAAGGGCUGCACAACAGGACUCUCUCUACCAACACAAUUCUGUACAACCCGCCAGUUCAAGCGUCGCCAGAAGCCGGUCCAUCUUCGUUGGGCUCACAGAUCGCUCGACCAACCAAGUCCCGCCCUACAAGUAACCGACAAACCCCCGCGGUCACGCCCGGAGGUGCUUCGGAGCAUCGUUCACCCCGCCGCUCGAUCGUCUACCUUCCUUCCGCCCGCCCACCUCGACCCAUCCCGCCACCGAGAGACAUCCACACUGCACCAAAUCGUGCAGGACUGGGUCCGCCCCUCGACACGCACGCCCGUAGAGCGCAGCGUCGACUGUCCUCGUAUGACAUUGGCAUGGACGGAGAGUCGGAAAUGGCCUCCGCAUCAGCCAUUCUCCCCAACGGCGGAGACGAUGCGCUGGUCGGCGCCAUGCCGAGUAGCUUCGUGACCCAGAUGGCCAUGGCGACGGGCAUGCGCGAAAGACAACAGGCGGCGGCCAGCCGCGACAACAGCGAUCGCAUGAGUCGCCUGGUCCUCGCGCGAAUGAAGACGCUCGAGGAGGGCUUCGCCGACGUGAUCCGCGAAGUCAAGGUGCUGCAGCAGCAGAGGUCCAGCGGUAACCCCAGCAUCAAUCCCAGCAUGCACAACUCUGGCGAGGAGGAAUACUGGAGGGGCAGCCCCAGGAGGGCGGGCAGCGGAUCUGGCCUCGUAGAGGUCGCCGGCCGAAACCGAGUAACGAGAUACUACUCCCGUGGAAAUAGCGCCUCGGCAGCCCGCGCCAUCGCGGCGGCGGCGCGCGAGCGUCCUGCCAGCCGUCUUAGCAUGAGAGAAGACAAGGUUGGGAUGCCGGUCGACACAAAAGGAAAGGGCAAGGAGGUAAAGACGCCGGCUGAGUACGACGACACGGACGACGAUGUGGGUUUCGACGACAGCUUUACAAAGAGGGGAAGCUCUCUAUGAACGAGGCAUUUCCUUCGGAAGCUUGAGAAUUUUUAAUACUGUGUAGGAUUUAUUUGGGAGGGGUUUUUUUUUUGGAAACGCUGCUUUUACAGCUUGGCGUGCAUUUCUUAUCAUAUGCAUAUCAUCAUAUUGAGGCGUUGUGGCUUGAGUCGCUUUCCAGGCCAAGUAUGGAUUUUGCUUCGUUAUAGUAGCAAGAAGCAUCUUGCUUUUGGCGUUCUGGAUGGGCCUUGUUCGGACAUUGGGUGGGCUUGCCGGUUGAGUUUUGAACCUGGACAACUACUUGCGUAAUUCUUGAAGAAUCUCGAAAUCAUCUUUCUGGGCACUCUAUUUACCAUUCCCUGCUGAAAUACCAGUAUUGCCAGACGAGGAACUCCCAAACGCCAAAUCAAGUCUGAC